AUGUCGAACACAGGAGCUCUACAGGAAAGAGGCCUGAAUGCAAAGGAAAACCCUCAGAGCCCCUUCACCCCAUCCCAGAACCGCGCAAUCCUGCUCACAGGCCUUUCAUGCGCGUGCGUGAGCCUAGUGGUCGUCAUUGUUGCCCUACGAUGGUUCGUCUUGAUGAAGCGCAUAUUUCGACAUCGCUUGAUCCUGUACCUGGUGGCUAGUGAUACGUUCAAAGCAAUAUGGUACUUCGUUUUCGCGGUCGUAUCUACCUCUCGAGGUCCGGUCUCAUCUGGUUCCAACUUCUGUCAGGCCAGCGGCUAUCUUUUGCUGCUAGCAGUCGAGGCCUCGGAUUUCGCCAUACUCUUGAUUGCGGUUCACACCAUGCUCUGUAUCUUCGGACCGAGCAACAAGUCAGGUGAAGCUGGACUGUACCCGUACCGCAACUGGAUACUUCCAUUCUGGUUAGGGCCUCCCCUCCUCUUCGCCUCACUAGCAUUCAUCAAUGGGAGCAAUGCGUAUGUCACGAGCGGCACAUUUUGCUUCCUGCCCAAGAGACCUUUCUGGUAUCGACUUGCGCUGGGGUGGAUACCACGGUACCUCAUAAUAAUCACAAUCCUGUGCAUGUACACAAUCAUCUACAUCUACGUCCACGUCAAGUUUCAAGGCUUCAAGAAUCUGCAAGCCGGAGAUUCCUCGACAGAUUCUGCCAGUGCUUCCAGACGAGCUACCGAAAGCAUGCCGAUGAUUACGCCGGGCUCACAAAAUCCGAGUGAACCAGAACCCUUGCCAACGGUCGCGAGCCCGAGCCCAGCCAAAGUCCAGAGUGAGCGAGCGGUGAGAGUGCACCCAUAUGACUCGAACGGCAAUGGUGCUACGAACGCUACUCCCGUGCUUGGGCACAAUGCGCCGUGGGACUCUAUGAUGUUCUUGACACAGUAUUCGCUUGACUCUACGCAGCGCAAAAGUACAGCGGGGGGAAAUUUCGCUGGGACCUCUAGCCCUGAGCAGGCGAACCGAUCAGAACGGACAUCAAACAAUACUUCUGCGAGUAAUGAUCCUUCCGUCGAAGGUCGUAAGCAAUCAGAAGCACCUACAAUCUGCACGAGCUUCACAGGGCAAACAGCCUCGUCGCCCGCCACUUGCGAUAAUGACGCAAAAGGCGCCGCGGGAACAAGAGAUCAUCUUCGAGAAACCCGGGCGGCUAUUCAACGCCAGUUGCGCUUUCUCUUCAUCUAUCCAAUAAUCUACAUUCUGAUGUGGGUGUUUCCUUUCGCCAAUCACGCGAUACUGUAUGAUGACCACUACAUUCUACAUCCACCGUUCUGGCUCACCAUCGUUUCGACGUGCUCGGUAGCACUCCAAGCAGCCGUCAACGCAAUCGUCUUCUCCUGGCGGGAGAAACCGUGGCGGCGAAUCAAAGAAGACUCAAGGCUAUCGCUUUCGUUUCGUUUCAGGAAAUCGGCGAGCAGCCCCGAAGACGAAGUCAGGCAAGAGCCAGCAGCACCCAGAGUUGACAACAGCCCGCUCUGGUGGGAAGCUGAAGGUCGUAAGAGGCAGGAUUCUGUUUGGCUUGGAACCGAUGUCGUUGAACAAGUUCCUUCGCGGCGACUCCAGCGGACCAAUACUCUAAUGAGCAUUGACGAGCAAGCAAGCACGGAAGCAUAA